GGUGGUGGGUUGAUAGUAGAGGGAUAGAGUGAGAGAGAGAGGGGGGGAGAUAAGAGGAGAGAGGGGUUGUCUAUACCGCGUUUAAACUCAGCGGGGAAAACUGUGAGAGCAGGAGCGCGAGCGCGGGCUUGAAGCGUGGGUGCGGACUCCAGUCGCGUGCGACGCGCGCUCUCAGCCGCUACUGCGUGUUCCUCAGCUCCGUUUCGACGCUGAGGAAUGAACGCGGAGGAAUGCGAGGAAACGCGCGCGCGGAACUAGACGUCCGUUUUGAAAUCAGAAUUUCGAUGACGAGAGUGCGUAACAGAUUUUCUGCGAUAAGUUCUUUCGCGGCGUGGAAAUCCGCUCGGCGCCCCAGCUCGGGACCGGCGAGUAUGUAAAGUCGUGGGAAAUAAAUCGUGGACCGUAUUACAACGAUAGAAUGCGGUGGAAGCGAUAGAUGCGCGGUUGCAACGGCAAUAUAUCGGGAACGGUGCGCUAUUUGUGACUCUCGGUUACGGGAAAUCGAAAUUGACGAGUUCGAUGAGACGAAGCGCGAGCUUCGUGAUGCCGUUUGAUGGAAUGAUAUCUUCGCGAUCGACAGUCGCCGAGAGAUUGAAGCUAGAAGAAUGAUUAGCGUAAGCUAAGCGGAAAGCUACGCAAAUUCUCGUCUCGCCUCGUGGAAAUUAUCGACAAUUAUGAGGGACAAGUUCACAUUCAGCUCGGGGGUGCCGGACAUGCACGAGACCCUGUCUAGCUUCCCGGAACAGUUUGGGGAUGGCCCGAGAAAACCGGAAAUAAAGCCGGAAAUUCUGAAGGAGACGGAUAGAACCGCGGACAAUCUGAAAUGCGGUUGGUUCUGGUUCAGGCCAAUUUACUUGCAGAAAUUUCGCACUGCGAAAUGGGCGCUUUUCUGGCUAUGCUGGGCUGGCGCGAUGCAAGGAAUGGUCGUGAAUGGUUUUGUAAAUGUCGUCAUAACGACGAUAGAGAGGAGAUUCGGAUUAAAAUCGUCGGAGACCGGCUUGAUAGCGGGUGGAUACGACAUAGCUAGCUUCCUUCUUCUCGUACCAGUGAGCUAUCUCGGUGGCCGCGCGAAAGCAUCGAAACCAAGGUAUAUCGGCAUAGGAGUUCUAGUCUUAGGUAUAGGUAGCCUGCUGUUUGCGUCUCCGCAUUAUCUUGCCGGACCAUAUAGAGGGGGUCAGCAAACGGAGAACAUAUGCCAAAGUGUCAAUAUAUCGAGCCAUUCGAUAUCCUGCACGGAUCAAUCUGCCGUUCAAGCGGAGCUAGAGCCUUACAGUGGCGUGUACUUAACCAUAUUUCUGGUAGCUCAGCUGUUACAUGGCGCCGGCGCGGCACCCUUUUAUACGCUCGGAGUUACGUAUUUAGAUGAAAAUGUUUCGAAGAAGAUGUCCUCGGUGUAUCUAGGUGUUUACUAUACUAUGGCCAUAAUAGGACCAGCACUAGGCUACGUUGUCGGCGGCGAGCUACUGAAAAUUUACACAGACUUUCUCACGGUGGACUCUUCUACGAUUGGGUUAACUUCUGAUAGUAAUGUCUGGGUUGGUGCAUGGUGGAUCGGUUUUUUGGCAGCGGCUGUCAUAUGCUUCGUCAUCGCGAUACCGGUUUUGGCAUUCCCGGCAGUUUUACCCGGAUCGGAGGAAUUAGCCAAGGACAGGGUGUCAGAAGCGCACGAGAAAUCGACUCGAUCCUCCACUGCCGCGACCGGGGAAGCGUUUUCCAAGAUACGAGAGCUGCCACGCGCUUUGACCGAGUUACUUGGAAAUCCGGCAUUUUUUAUGCUGAACCUGGCAGGUGCCAGUGAAGGGUUGCUGAUUGCCGGAUUCGCUGCUUUCCUACCCAAACUGAUUGAAAAUCAAUUCAGCGUCAGUGCCAGUUCGGCCGCGUUGCUGAUGGGAUUGGUGACCGUACCGGCGGGAGGCGGCGGUACGUUUCUCGGUGGCUAUUUGAUAAAACGUUUCAACUUGCCCUGCUCCGGCAUUUUGAAAUUUUGUUUACUGGCCACAACCGCCUGCAUCGCUUUCACGCUGUGUUUCGCUCUGAACUGCCCGAACUUAGAUUUCGCCGGAUUGACUGUACCGUAUCAAAAUAUUACGAAAAAGAUCGCGUUAUCUCUCGAAAACACCUGCAACAAUGGCUGCGGAUGCUCCAGGUCGCAAUUCGACCCUGUAUGCGGCGUGGAUGGAAUCACGUACUACUCGCCCUGUCAUGCCGGAUGUAACCGGGCAACGCCGAUGAACAACGUCAAAAUAUACGCGGAUUGCAGCUGUAUACACGCGCCGGCGAUGAAUUUGACAAGCGACAAUACCGGCGGCAGUGUCCAGUACGAAGCUAUCAAUACCACCUGCGCGAGUUCGUGCUCGUACCUAUGGGUGUUUAUUGUCCUGGCAUUUUGCAAUAUGUUCAUGACCUUCCUUUGUACAAUGCCGGCGCUUUCGUCGACAUUGAGGGUCGUGCGCGACGAUCAGCGAUCGUUCGCUCUAGGUAUACAGUGGAUCAAAGUUCGGAUUUUGGGAACGAUACCGGCACCUAUGGUGUUCGGCGCUCUUAUAGAUGACACAUGCAUCUUGUGGAACGAAACCUGCGAUGGCAGAGGAGCUUGCCUCGUAUAUGACAAUUAUUACAUGAGCAGAUAUAUGCUCGCCCUGGCAUUUAUCGGGAAAGCGGCCUCGCUGCUUUUCUUCUUCCUAGCAUGGUGGACGUACGUUCCACCGAGCACCGGAGGCAUCGACCAGAAUUCUCGGCAGCAAACGACAGCUACUUUAAUGCUGAGUGACACGUCACAAGAAGUUGAAAUAGUACCAACUACGAUAGCGUAAUCUUUACCUAAAAAGGUAAAAAAAACUGUUUCGUUUCUUCUUUUUUUUUUUAGAAAGUUAUUCUCUUAGAACUGCUAUUUUAUAGAAACGGUAGAAAUAACCGCGAUUUAUAUACAGAUAGACAAAUGUCCCGACAUUUUUUUCGCGGUGAAAUCCACAAAACUCCGAAAACUAGAAGGGUUCAAGUUAUAAUGAGAAUAUCGUCGCAAAUACAUAAACAGAUAUCAAGCUAGAGUAAAUAUGUAUAUGUCAAGUGUGAAGAAAAACUAUCAUGGAAAUCCUUUUUGCACGCUAGAGAGUUAAGUUUUUGAUAGCCCUAUAAUCGAACGUAGUUCGGAAGCUAUAAGUAAGAAGUCAAUCAAGGGAUGUUAAAACAUAUCCAGGUAGUCGUGCCAAAGAGCCUACAACACCGAAAGUUUCUAGGUUUUCUUGCGACCCUUUAUACAAUGGACAAGCCUCAGCGCGAUAAAUCUAUAUAGUAAGCACGAGCCAAAAUAUCCAGUUUGCGCAACUCCAACUUCCGAGCACUAACGUAAAUUUUUAUAGCCCUACAUUCGCUGACUGUCAAUUAAAGGUUAAUCAAUUGUAUUUCCUAUAAUGAUAAAUAUUGAUAGUACUUUAUACCCAGAGAUGUGACUUACAUAAAUUUCGAAGAUGGUUUUACCACCCAGAUAGCGCAAGACACUCCUAUGAACAUUUUAAGAAUAUUCUUCAAGAAUAUUUGGAAUAUUCCAUAGGUCAUUCUU